GCCAUAAUCGAUUGGAUUUGAUUCACCCUUGAUAAUUCAAAUGUCUCUUUCUCUGUAACACCGCGGACAGCGACAUGCUUUAAUACAACGUUGUAGUUAUGUAGUUUUCGUAAAGGAGAAUAUUAACUUCGUGAAUUGAUUUGUAAUAGAAUCAGGGCUGUGAACAGCAAUACUCUCASUGAUUUCAAGCUGCAACAACAAAAUUAAAAACGGACGAAAGAAAGRUAUCAAGUAACAUGAUACCUUUUCCACUUCCUAUUUUGGAAUUACRAGUGGAUGAUGUGUCCUUCAUGUUUGCUUAUUUUCCUUUUCUUUAUGUCCGCUAGAACAAUUCAAUGAUUGAUAGAAGAAGGCGUGCUUAGGUUGGCGGUCAACUCGCAUCGGCGCGUAAAGAACAAAAACAAAAAGCACACGAGUAGAAUUCAACAGACGCCCCCAAAGGAAUAACUGUGUCUUGGUGUCGUUGAGCUGUAGCACCAAACAGAGCUACGAAUCCACGGUUAGAUCAUCAUCCUUCAAGAAAUGCUAUAACCGUAGCCCCUAAAUCAUCAUCUUGACCACGAUGGAAUACAGCGUCUGCUAUCUGUUGUUAUGUAGUGUAACUAUACUGUUUCACGUGCGCGCUGGCAAUGUGCAAGACACACAAACCGCUUCGGUCGAGGUUGUGAUCUACGAAAAUACUGGCCAUGAUUACACGACUUAUACCUAUGAACUCAAGGCAAGUUUCUCAAAGGCUGGCGCAGCAACCAGUGCCGAGGGAGACAUUCUUCAGAUUCAUCCUCUUGGCUUAUGCAAUACAUCUGAUGAUAGUGAUCUGUAUGAGUAUGGCUGGGUAGGCGUGGUCAAGCUCCCACCACCUAGUGUGGAAAAUGUGCCUUGUUUUUCAUUAUUUCAAAAGGCUAAGAGAGCAAUGGAGAGGGGUGCCACAGCUAUCAUAUUUGACACAAGCGAUAAUCCUGAUGCAGUUGCAGAGCUAAAUGCAAACAAAGUCAAAGCUAAGAGGCCAAUUGUGGUCAUUGAUGGAUCCGAUGCGAAGAAGCUUAUAACCAUAAUAAAAAAUCAAAAAUUAUCAAGGGCAAGAAUACGGUAUGGUGUAGCUGGUUAUACACCCCAAAGAUCAGCCAAUGAAUAUCUUGAUAUGGUCAUAUUUAUGACAUUUUUUAUUCUGGUCUCAGUCAUUUGCUUUAUCUUGUUGCUCAAGAUAAAAUGGAGACAAAAACAGAAAGAGACCUCACUAACAAGGAUGGCAUUGCAUGCCUUAUCAAGAAUGGAAACUCGAAAAUUCCAAAGCGAUACGUGUAGUCUAGACCGGUCAAGACUGGACGAAGAGGCCCUUGGUGACUCAAACAUUUCACUAAACAAAUCUGAACAUACCUCUAAAUGUGUGAUUUGCUUAGAAAAGUUUAAAAAUGGCCAGGAUGUCAGAAUAGUUCCCUGUCGCCACGAAUUUCACAAAGACUGUGUAGAUCCUUGGUUAUUGUCGAAUUUUACAUGUCCGCUGUGCAUGCUGAAUAUUGUAGAAAGAGAAAAUACAAAGAAAAAGCCACGCAGAGCUCGUCGUUGGCUUAUGAUGGGGUGUGGUCGGUGUUUGUCAUCCGAAGGAAGUACACAAGCUGCACCUAUUAAUAUCUUACACCAAGAUAUGCAACUUACGCAAACACGGGACUCUGUUAUCAACGUUACUCCAGAGAACAAUGAAAAGUCAGAUGAAGGGGRGCCUUUAGGCAUACCCUUGAGCUCGAUGAACAUUUCACAAAAUAUUUCACACAGUAGUAGUAUUUCUCUUAUCGACAUGCUGAACAGAAAUUGUAUCAAACAUGAACUGUAUUCUAGUGGACUUUCGGUGAUCUCCAAGUCGGAAAAUUGUACUUGUUAUCUGCCGCCGUUCGAUAAUCCCAAGGAUUAUACSCACCAAAUGGUUGUUGUGGCUCCACUAACAGCAGAUCUACUUGAUGUAUCAYACGAAGACAUCGUAUGACAUUCGUYAUGUCAGUCCAUACGAGUGAUUGGAUUAGUCGCUCAUCAGGCCUACUAUUACUGACAAUGGCGGCGCCAAGUAAAAGAAACUACGUGGGAAAAGRACAACAGAACACUGUAUAAUCUCCAGAAUAACCAGGAAAUCGUAGCCUUUCUUUGGUUUGUCUUAUGUUAUCYCUUCAGCCUGUGUUUCAUGUGUGCUUUAACGUAUUUUAUCUGCCGUCGUGUUUAUGUUGUUUAUGAUCCAAAACAAGAAACGUGACGGUGAACGUCGCACUGUUAAUUUAUAAGCUUUGGCCGCAAUGGCAGGGACCCGCAACAGAGGCCCAUUAAAAAGCAGGCUUUUGAAUGCAGAGCUAAAAGCAGGAAAAUGGCGUUGGGAACUAAAUAGAGACGAGGAAACACUGCAAAAUUGAAAAGAAAGGAAACGAGAAAAAGAAAGAAAAAGCAAAGAAGAAAAAGGAAAAAAUAGAGAAAAAAAAAAGACAUAAAUUUAACUGAAAAAUCGAUAUGGAAAUCAGGCUUUACAAGGCAGUCUGUUUAUGCUCGAAAAGUCCGGCGUCAUGAAGUACGACAACUGAUCUCGCCGUGGCGACACGAAGCUUCCAGUGGUGACUUAAAUUAUUGAGAAAGAAGUGGACGUCCUGAUGUAUAGCCCAGCAAAAAUAACACGCAUAGGAAAAAGAAGCCGAAGUUUUUGUUCUGAAAAAAAUGUUCGUYGUCUGCGAACUUAAAUACGUCGGUUGUCAAGACCUAUUUUAAAAAUAAGAAGUAUGAACUAAUUUAAAUAUAUUAAGUUAAUAGAGUCAAAUAUUUACGACAAAAAGUAUUUUUUAAGGUAGCUAUUUGAAUUCAUCACAAUCAAUCAUAAAUUUUAGCGCGUGGCGGACUCAAAUGGAUAGAAACACGACGUUGCAUCAGUUAGGUUCACGGAUGAAAAGGCGGGGUGGGUGGGGGAGGGARAGUAUUUUGAGCUUCUGCCAAGAUAAAGAUGASUUUUGGACCACUUGGCAUGGACGARUCUUAAACCUAUCUAAUUUAAAACGGUCAGAAAAAGUCUUGGAAAGUAAAUACUCUUUGUGAGAAAAUGCUACUCGUAAUUCUUUUGCAAUAUGUUUUAUAAUUGGAGAAUUGUAGAUUGUUCCUUGUCCGAGAAUUUAAUUGUUAAAAGCAAAAAUCCAAUGACCUCAGAAAAGUCGUCUUGAGAAAUCUGCUCAGACCCAAGCUGCCUUUAGGUAUGAUAGGAAUAACAAGGCAGAAUAUGCCGCUUGUUGGUGAACUGAUUAUUUCUUUCCAUGAUCCCAAUAUACAUUACAAAUAAUAAUAAUAAUGAUAUAAUAAUAAAAGUAGUGCCAACCACACUGCGAAGGUUGCGCUUAAUUUGAUAUAUACUUGUACAUAGAAAUCAAAAAGAAGGAAAUUCUAUUUUGGAUAGCUAUCAUGUAUUAAAUUGUUAUCUUGUUCUGAUUUUAUUUAUGAAAAAUAAUGCGAAUAAUAAACCCAUUUUAUAACACUGA